AUGUUGUUGAAGAUGAAGUUCACCCAGCAGAGGCGGGUGCGUCUGGCACAGGGCCUCUGGCUGCUGUCAUGGAUGGCAGUGAUGUGCGGCGCCUUCAUCUUCUGUCUAGGGGUUUACCUUAAGACAGAGCUGCUACGCAGGGCCGAGGUAAUGGACAACACGGAGAUCCAUGUGGUGCCCAACAUCCUCAUGAUGGUGGGCCUGGCCUCCAUCGGCACCAACUGGCUCGCAAGCCGCGUGUGUCAGGACUCCUUGGAUGCGAGCCGCUUCCCCCGCUGGAAGGUUCUCCUGCUGGCUUGGUUUGCUAUGGCGGCGCUGCUCUGUUAUAUGCUCAUUGCUGUUGUGGUGCUCAGCUACGCCCUGCAGGGAAGCCUGGAGGAGUCCCUGAAGGGUGGCCUCAGGAAUGGAAUUCGUUUCUACAAGGACACGGACGUGCCGGGCCGCUGUUUCCAGAAAGAGACCAUUGAUCGUCUGCAGAUGGAGUUUCGCUGCUGCGGAAACAACAAUUUUAAGGAUUGGUUCGAGGUUCAGUGGGUCAGCAACCGAUACCUAGACUUCACCUCCAAAGAUGUCAAGGAUCGUAUCCGGAGUAAUGUGGAUGGCCGUUACCUGUUGGAUGGCGUUCCCUUCAGCUGCUGUAACCCGGCGUCCCCUCGCCCCUGCAUGCGGUACCACCUGACUGACAACAGCGCCCACUACAGAUACGAGUACCAAGCUGAGGAGCUCAACCUGUACAGCCGUGGCUGUAGGCAAGCUCUGAUUGACUACUACAUGGGCUUAUUGAAUUCAACUGGUCCUGGUGUGAUUUCCGUCAUCUUAAUACAGAUGUCAGUGCUGCUGAGCCUGCGGUACCUGCAGACGGCUGUGGAAGGGGCCAUGGCUCUGGAGGACCCAGAGGGCGACAGCGAGGGUUAUCUCCUGGAGAAGGGAGUGAAAGAAACCAUUGAGGACGUCAAAGUCAAGGUCCUCACCAUGCUUAAGUUUGGGCAGGUUGACCCCAGCGCCGACGAAGAGACCCCUGUGGAUAUGGAGAAGUCGGCCUCCCCUACUCCUGCCAGCUAG